AUGGAAUCACGUCCAACGACAAGCACCGCGGGCUCCCAAAUCUCAUCUAUCAACGUUCUGACCUUGAAUUGCUGGGGACUGAAAUAUAUCGCAAAACACCGCCAUGAACGAUUGUCCGAAAUAGGAAAUCGGCUUGCCACCUAUUCUCCUCAACUCGAUAUAGUCGGGUUGCAGGAAUGCUGGACAUAUACCGAUUACCUGUCCAUACGAGACAGCACCCGCUCUUUCCUCCCGUACGGCAAGUUCUACCACUCCGGCAUCUUCGGGGGUGGUCUGGCCAUCCUGAGUCGAUGGCCAAUAAUCGAAUCUUCCAUGUAUCGUUAUCCUCUCAAUGGCCGACCUCAGGCAUACUUCCGCGGCGACUGGUUCGUCGGGAAGGGUGUUGCAUGUGCCAGGAUUUCUCUUCCCGAUGGCGCCAAUAUUGAAGUCUUUAAUACGCACUUACAUGCGCCUUACGAAAAGGAACCGAACGACAGCUAUAUCUGCCAUCGAACAGCACAGGCCUGGGAAAUUGCGAAACUCAUGCGUGCAGCUUCCGACAGAGGCAGCCUAGUCAUUGGACUGGGCGAUUUCAACAUGGUCCCAUUGAGCUUCGCACACGUUCUGGUGGAAAGUCGUGCGGGCGUGCAGGAUGUCUGGCGAGUGGUGAAACCUGGGAGCAGCAUCGGUGCAAGCGUCGAUCCACCUGAAAAGGAGCGCCGAAAACGCGUGGGCGAAGAUGAGACUCCGUCCGUCGAGAUAAGUCUCGAGGAACACGGCCACACGUGCGAUUCUGUUCUGAAUACGUGGCGAUGGAACAAGGCCCAUCAGAAGCAGCUGGCGCAGGGCCACGACCGGAAAAUCUCGGGUACGGACUUGGACCCAAAAGCAAAACGGUUGGACUACAUCUUCUUCAGCGGGAUAGGUAAGGGUUGGAGAGUUGGUGAUGUAAAGGUUGCUCUUACCGAAAGGCACCCGACCCUCCUCUGCUCGCUGAGCGACCAUUUUGCUGUGCAGGCGACACUAGAGAGAAGCCAAAGCCAGCCAGCUCCUCCGAUCACAGUGGAAGCUCACGCAGCCUUGCACGAUUCAAGCGCCACAGAUGCCAACCUCCAGACUGCGGAUUUUGAGGAGAAGGAUUUCGACAAGGCAAUAUCAAAGAUACCCACGCGAAGCCAAGUCAGCCAGGACUUUUACAGAGAUAUCCUCGUCAUGAUCGACAAAUACACGCUGCGGGAGCGAAAGCAACGACGGUACGGCCUGUUGCAUUUCGUGGGCUCCGCUGUGGUCUCGAUCGGCUGCUUCAUCGCCGUCUGGUGGUCACCGCGGAAUUUUGUGUCCUUCAUCCUGAUACUGCUCAGCAGCCUUGGCCUCAUGGCUGGGACGAUACAUGGAUUGAUCGGGGGUCUCUUUGUGGGUUCGGAACUGAGGGCUCUGGCUGAGUUUGAGUGGGAAGUUCGAAAUGCGCUCCAUCUUGCUGGCGGUCCGGCUUUGGAAGAUCAAUCAUUUCAAUUGAAAGAUUGGUACGAUUGA